UAGAUUGUGCUGAAUAUCAUCUCGCCUGUGCUGUUACUGCUACAUUAUUCAGUCAGAGAACAGGUGCGAACUAAGACGUUACGUUGCAUUGACCGCAUCAGCUUUGAAACACCUUGGGAAGAUUAAUGGAGACUGGUCGUGUUUGCCGGUUUACUGCGGCGCAACUAGGGACAGAUCAUAUCAGGGAGUCCAAACAGGUACCACGGGAGGCUUUAGCCUAUGGAAACCAUCACACUGCAUUGUGGACUACUCUUUACUGAGAUGGACUGUGGUUAGUGGCCGUUUCGAGACGUCAGUGUGCAAGAGCCAUUCACGCAGUUGAAUUUGGCCAUUAAGUGUUGGUGUAUAUUAGUUCAUGUUGUCUGCGUUCAACACGUUGCCUGAGAGCGAGCCUGGAACAGGUCACUGGUUCACUCCAUCCAUAAUUUAGGAUGACGCCUCUCGGUCAGACCUGCUCCGUCUCCUCCCUGUUUCCACACCCCGUCUCCAGAGUUCAAACGCUCCGUCAGCAGUCCUAGUGCUCCUGAGUGCUCGCUGCGACCCUUGUUCGGCUGUCCUGGUUGACGUCCCGGGGAGGUUAUGCGACGGUUUCUCUACUGUAAGGUGGUGCUGACCACCUCUCUAGUGUGGGUGCUGGUGGAUGUGUUCUUGCUGCUCUAUUUCAGCGAGUGUAACAAAUGUGAUGACAGGAAAGACCGCUCGCUGCUCCCGGCCCUGCGAGCGGCGAUAUCUCGGAGCCACGAGGGCCCAGGCGAAAUGGGCAAGGCAGUAAACAUUCCCAAGAACGACCAGGAGAAAAUGAAGGAGCUCUUUAAGAUUAACCAGUUCAACCUGAUGGCCAGCGACAUGAUCGCACUCAACAGGAGUCUGCCUGACGUGAGGCUGGACGGCUGUAAGACGAAGCUGUACCCAGACGACCUGCCGAACACCAGCAUUGUCAUCGUGUUUCACAACGAGGCGUGGAGCACCCUGCUGCGGACGGUUCACAGUGUCAUCAACCGCUCGCCCAGACAGCUGUUGGCGGAGAUCGUGCUUGUGGACGACGCCAGCGAGCGAGACUUCCUGAAGAAGAAGCUGGAGAACUAUGUGCGCACUCUGGAGGUGCCGGUGAGGAUCCUGAGGAUGGAGCAGCGUUCAGGUCUGAUCAGAGCCAGGCUCAGGGGAGCGGCCGCUACCAAAGGUCAGGUCAUCACCUUCCUGGACGCUCACUGCGAGUGUACUGUGGGCUGGCUGGAGCCCCUGCUGGCACGCAUCAAAGAAGACAGGACAGCAGUGGUGUGCCCUAUCAUCGAUGUCAUCAGCGACGAGACGUUUGAAUACAUGGCAGGCUCAGAUAUGACCUAUGGUGGAUUCAACUGGAAGCUGAAUUUCCGCUGGUACCCUGUUCCCCAGCGGGAGAUGGACCGGCGCAAGGGGGACAGAACACUGCCUGUCAGGACUCCCACCAUGGCAGGAGGAUUAUUCUGUAUAUACAAAACAUACUUUGAAGAAAUAGGAAGCUACGAUCCAGGGAUGGAUAUCUGGGGCGGAGAGAACCUGGAAAUGUCUUUCAGAAUCUGGCAGUGCGGGGGCUCAUUAGAAAUUGUAACAUGUUCACACGUGGGCCAUGUUUUCCGGAAGGCCACCCCAUACAGUUUUCCCGGAGGAACGGGCCAAGUCAUCAACAAGAACAACAGGCGCCUGGCGGAAGUAUGGAUGGAUGAUUUCAAAGAUUUCUUCUACAUCAUAUCGCCAGGCGUGAUGCGUGUGGACUACGGAGACGUUUCCUCCCGCAGAGACCUUCGCGAGGCCUUGAAGUGCAAACCGUUUUCCUGGUAUCUAGAGAACAUCUACCCAGACUCCCAGAUCCCGAGGAGAUACUACUCACUUGGUGAAAUCAGAAAUGUUGAGACCAACCAGUGUGUGGACAACAUGGGAAGAAAGGAGAACGAGAAAGUUGGCUUUUUCAACUGUCAUGGCAUGGGUGGAAACCAGAGGCCUCUUGUUUUUCAGGUGUUCUCUUACACGGCGGAUAAAGAAAUAAGGACAGACGACCUUUGUUUGGAUGUAUCCCGCCUCAAUGGACCUGUCGUCAUGCUCAAGUGUCACCACAUGAAGGGCAAUCAGAUGUUCGAGUAUGAUGCCGAGAAGCACACCUUCCUCCACAUCAUCACCCAAUCAUGUCUGACCAUCAGCCGCCUGGAGGACGGCACCUACGGCCCCACAGUGGAGUCCUGUAACGGCAGUCCCUUACAGGCCUGGAUCCUCCAUAACUACACACGUCAGGAAGUCGCUCAACACCUUUACUUCAGUCCCACUGAUUAUUUUCUCUAGCUGUAGGGCUUGAGGUGAGCAGCGACUCACCCUGCUGCACGUGAACAGCAACCAGUGUUUGGACAUGCCGUCAGAGGAGGACAAGAUGGUCCCCACCCUGAAAGACUGCAACGGCAGCCGCUCUCAGCAGUGGCUGCUCCGAAACAUGACCCUGAGUGUCUGACCCCUGUCUCACCUCCCCCCCCCGCCGCUCUGUCCUUAUCCUAACCAGCCUCUCCUCACCCCCGCCAGGUGGCUCCUACCACAGCACAACAUACGCCUCUUCCUGUAUAAACAAAUACAGAGAUCCAGGCAUCAGCGGCUUAUCUUCCAUUAUGGGGGCGUUUCCUUUCACAGCUAGCCGCAGGUGUCAGAGAAGCUGCACCUGCCGGUAAGGCGACAUGACGAGCCACGACUUUGGGGACCUCAUCAGGUCCGAGCCGGGAGAAAAGCUGUGUGAGGUCUGUGCAUGGAGAACAUUUGCGUCAAAGCACUCACACUGUGUCAAGACAGCUGCUAGCCUUGGGUCCACUGUGCUGCUCAGACUUAGCUUAGCUGUUGGACCAAAACAAAAAUAGAAGAGCAUUUAAAACAAGAAUCUAGCAAGGCACGUCUCUGUGAUGCACUGUAAAUGAAAUGACCUUCCUUGUGCUUUGUUCAAGACUGUUUCCAUGACUGCUGCUCAUUCUCUCUUCAUAUCAGUGUCUAAGGUACAUUCAAUAACAGAACGUGAUGUUGUUUAUAGAGCCGGGACCAAUACUGGAUUUGAGGAGUUGAAACCUAUCUUGAUAUUUGAGGGUUAAAGAAUCCAAUAAUGCUGUUGUGCAUUAAUAUUUGGUUUUAAAGGCGAGCUGAAAUUUGAAUUCUCAUCGUGAUGCAAGGACAUUACAUCAUAUAACUAUAUAAGGAUACUACAGCUUUUGUGUAUAUUUUUUCAUUUUAUAAAAAGAGGUAAAUAUUCUGGGGACAUACAUUUGUAGAAACAUUGUGUAGCUGGACGGGUGUGUCCCACGACAGCUGGGCACUGACAUUUGAGGGCCGGUAUCACACCUUCAGCGUCCAUGGCUGUGAGGAACUUCAUAAUUGUUGUUUUUAAAGAAGUUCAAAGUCAAACAAACACAAAGGAUACAUUUAAAAACAGUAUUAUUUUUGUUUGACUUUAAACUAAUGAAAAAAACGUUUUUUCAGCAUCCUUAAAUUAGGUUAUCUACGAAACAAACAAGGUUUACUUAUCAGUGCUCUCUAGUGUGCAUUACUAAAAUACCUCAAACAUAUCUUUUUAAUUUCUUACCCCGGUUUCCUCUUAUAAGCUGUCAUAUAGGCGGAUAAUAACAUAUGGAUUAGCUGAUAUCGGAGCCUUUUUUGGUGUUAUUAUAAGAUAGGGAAAACCUUUUCCAUUUUCCUUUGGUAUUCUGGCAACAUAGUGUAAAACAGACAGUAUGAGUCAGAUACAAACAAAUUAUUAAGCUAAAGAUUUUUAAACCGUCUUAAAUUUAAGAGAAUGCAACACAAGAGUGUAACUAUAACAUCCUCCCAGAUUAAUCAAAAGGUUCAAUUUAAGUGAAACGGGAACCACAAUAUGAAGAUGUGAAGCAGCACUUUGGGUCUGUUCGAAGUACAGUAAUUAAGAGUACAGUAUUAGAGACUCUGCUAUGAGUAGAAUAUACAUAAUUGCUUUUUGACUGAAUGUAAAUUUCCCCUAAAUAGUAACGACUGAGUUCUGAAACACUGUAACGGCUCAGUGUUAUCACAGCUAUCUGAAAACUUCAGUAAUGACAUUCUCAGAUUCCUGCUACCAAAAUCCUGAGGAAUCAUGAUGUCUUGGAGCAGGAUAGUUGCGUGUGCCUUUAGAAAGCUGUUUCAGUUAUUGGAUCAUUUGUUUCAGAAAACAUUUGAUUUACUUUGGUGAUUAAACAAAAAGAAUCUCAAAUAUUUUUCUUAAUUUCUAGCAAAAACAUGGAAAUUGAUAUUAAAUAACUGUCAUAUCUCAUGAAUACGUCACCUUCAUAUUAAUGCUCAAUCAAUAAUUUAGUAACAGUAUAGUCAAAACGUUUAAAAUGUGCAAAUGUAGUUUUUCACUACAUUUUUGAUAAGGAUCAGGCAACAAAUGCUAUUGUAUAAUACUUUUAACAUGUUUAUAUCACCAUUGUUGUUGUACAUACAGAACCAAUUAUUUUUCUAAGAUGCGGUUAAACUUGAACACUCCUCUGAGAAAAAAAAAAUGGAAUAGUUUAAAGAUCACAAGGUAUUGCUGUGCUUUAUUUGGAGUACGGUAAUAAAAAACAGUACUUACCUAUCGAAAUUGCAGUGUGUUUUGGAAAUAAUCGUCGGACUAACAAAGCCAAAUCCUCAGACCACCUGAAGGGCGUCAGGCAAACGGACAUGAGGGAUCAACUAAUGGGGAAAUACUAUCAAUGCUGUUCGAAUACUGAGUCUUUGCCAAGUACCUGCUUGGCAUCCAGACUCAAAUUCAAUCAACUCUUUCAGAUUACACAGAUACAUUUAUUGUUUUUCAUUAUCUCAAAGUGCAUGGUGUUAAAAUAGGACUGUAUUGUUUCAAUGUACUGGUUGCAAAGUGAUGUUACCUGUUUGUACAUUUUGCCUUAACCUUAAUAGUAGCAUACAAAAAAAACUACAUUAUAUAGGAUGCUACCUUCCCCUUUUGUUCAGUAUUUGUAAAGGUACUGGCCAUUGCCAGCUAAUGAAGGUUCUUCUGAGACAUUAUAAUGUACAUGUUAUUGAGGAAGGCUUGACCUUUCAGACUCUGGCUUUAUUCAAAUGUACUGUAAGAGGCAAAAUUCUCCUGAAUGCAGGACACUGCCCCUCUUGGUUACUGUUGCUAUAGGUCUUUCAAGCUUUUGCAAUUGACAGGUCAAUAAGGCGUUUUUUUUAACAAUGUCAGUGAGAGGUAUUUGAAGGGAAAUAAUAGCACCUUUCUGUAAUAAAAGAUUUGAAAUAUCAGAGACAAAAAGGCAGAAAAGGACUCUUUCCAUUUAAUACUAUAAUUUGUUGUUGAGUAUUGUUAAUGAAGUGGACAUUUAAAUUGAGGGAAAAGCCUGUUGGUCCCAAUGCAAGCUUAAGGCACCACGCAUCUUGGUAAUUCACGUGAAGGACAUGAAGGGUUGACAACCUUCUCUAAACUAAAAAGUCCAAAACCCUAAUAUUUAACAAAUAAUAAAGGACAAAAAGAAAAAGGCACGCAUCUUCAGACUAAUAUUUGUUAGUUUUGCUAGGUAAAUGACUUUAUGUGUUGAUUAAUUUCUCUCAAUGGAUGAUUGAUUGAAGGCACUUUUUGACAUUCAGAGAAAAAACAUUCUUGCCGGGAACUAACAUGUCUGUAGGCCUACUGUACCUAAAAUGUCAAAUUACAAGCCAUAACUGAUUAGCUUAGUUAAGCAUAAAGAUGGGCAACAGCUGUAAAACCUUUCCUCUGUUAAAAUCCAUGCUGUGAAAAAAUUGACAUUGCAAAGGUUAUAUUUUUUCUGUCUAACCUGUACUAAAACCAAGUGUGAAACAACACAUUCCGGUCUUUAAGCAGAGCUAACUUGUUUCUUAAAAUGACGACUUUAAUAUUUAAUCAAAUAUAAACACUACAUAAAAGUAUUACUAUAUACUAUAAUAUAAUAUUAUGUCAGUUUAGUUUAUGGUAAAUCUAAAUAAAUAUAUUGAAGCAUUUUUUUCACAACAGAGAAGUGUUAUUAUCAUAAUAACUCUCAUUAUAUAAAGUGUUCAUUGUUUUCAGUUUUUUUGCCACCUCACUAAUGCUUUUCAAUAAACGUUUGUAAUGCUCACCAAGGUAGCCAA